CUCAAUACAUGAUUUUCAUUUUAAUUCUGGUGGCUCGCAGUCUCGGUAAGUCUGCAUUUCUUUGAGAAUAUACAUUUGAGAAGGAGCCUCAACGAAAAUGCACUUGCCGAUGAUGCCUGAACCUUUUCGGCUCUGUUUCUAGCACCGCAAAAAGAUACGAACAUCGAGUGCCAAGAAUCUGAAUGCCGAACCAGCUACGUACAGUUAUCAGAAGCGUUGACCGUCAGACACUGCGCUGUUGCUGCUCCGAACGAAGAAAAGAAGCCCAUCGCGAUCAACUAACUCCGCAAGAAUGGCCACUAGGAGUCGGACCUGGUGUGUGGUCAACACAGACGCUGGAGAUGCGGACUUUUUGUACCACGAUGAAAAAGCCAUAUACUACUCCGCAGAGGCAGCCUCGCAUCGUAUCUAUAAACCCGGAAUCGGUGCAAUUCAGCUGAUGUUCACAGUUAUUGGAUGUGACGCCGGUUGUAGUAGAGCUCGAAGCUGUUUCAUAUUUAUAUUAUAUUUUGUUGUGGUAGUCGUAGUUAUCUAUCGGCAGGUAUGUAAUGGUCUAGUGGUGCUUCAGUUUUUAGUUCUUGACCUUGAAAGAAAUAUCAGGUACGGGCGAGAAGUAUGAGUUCGACCAUGUGAGUGGUCCUGGAUUGGACCAGGACGACCGGUUUGGAGAAAUCGCGCCCCUUUUGGAGGCUGCUGUGAAAGAAAAGAAGUCGGCCUUUUUUCUCGCGUUUGGUCCAAAAUCUUCCGGAAAGACGUACGGCAUUACCGGUGGAAGUCGAAAAUGGAAGCAGAGAGGGCUGAUCCCUCGCACUUUGUUUAUGGCGGGCUCUUUGUGGGCACUGUGCUGCGACUUUCCGCCUGCUUAGUGACCUCAUAUUUAUAAAACCGAGCGCCGUGGAAGGUGAAGGUCUAGACCACGGCCAAUCCACGUUCGAUCAAUCCCUCAAGAAUAGUAGAUAUUCAGGCGAGAACUUGCGGAGAAACAGCACAGUGACAAGUUACUAAAGCUUACCUCUAACAUGUCAUGGAUUUUCCAGAACGACGCAGGUGGCGACCUGGAACUAGAGAGAAAAAAAGUGACCGUUUCGUUUUUCGAGGUUUACAAGGUACUGCAAGUGCUAGAAUUAGAGGCGGAGGGAACAUGAACUAGUCGUGUCCCGUGUGUUCAGGGGUGGCCGAGAGAAGAGAGGAAGAAGAAGAAGAGGGAGCUGCUAGGCGGCAACCCCUGGCAUUGCCACGCAGGGCACCCGGUGAACCUCUCCAGCGCCUGGACAUUACCCGGCCCAAACGCGCCCGUCGGCCACGGUUAUACCCGUUAACGGCUGCGCGGCAGGCGCUCGCUGUCAGGCACAGAGUGCACGGGCCGCCACUCGGGCCGCUGGCGUUGAACUCGAGAAGGCGGCCAGCGCUGCCAUUGGCCCGCGUGGCUCCGCGCCUGGCGCGUUUAGCUCGAGGAGGCGGCCAGCGCUGCCAUUGGCCCGCGCGAUUCCGCCCGUGACUCGUUGGAGCGCGGGCGCUCCCAAGCCCUGACAUUGCAAAACCCUGACAUUCCGAACUCUGAGGCGCCAAACUCUGAGGCGCCAAGCCCUGACAUUGCAAAACUCUGACCUUCCGAACUCUGAGGCGCCCAACUCUGCGGCGCCAAACCCUGACAUUCCAAAACACUCACCUGCGGAACUCUGGGGCGCCAAACCCUGACAUCGCCCAACUCUGAGGCGCUAAACUCUAGGACGCCAAACUCCGACACGCAAAACCAUGGCAGCUGUUUUCGCGUUUGAAACCUUGAGAACUGGACUCUGACUUUUGUGCCCAUUUUUGCAAACCUUGCGAUGCAAAACCCUGACACGACUGAGAUUUAGCCCUUUACGCAACCCUGAGAUUUCUUGGCUUUGCCCUUAAAACCCUGAGAGUCCUGACCCUUGUUUUUGUGCCCCUUGUGAUUCUCCUUGCUUGCCCUUAAAACCCUGACGUCGGACCUCGAUUUUUGUCGAUCAUUAAUAACGAGGGAAUAGACUGGAUUAAUACUUUAAGAGCUAGCUCAGUGCUACCUUCUCCUCUUACGAAAAUCUUGUCUGUCCGGUUUGUUUUUGUCCUGGAAACUACGCUUAUACAUGCAUUUAUCCACUUGCUUAUUCUGAUGAACUACCGUUUUGUCGGUAACUAACUAGGUACGUUGUGAAUAGUAACCUGACAGACAAAACAACGAAUUCAUAUCAGGGUGGAAUUGUGGAUCUGAUGGCUUCCCGUCAUGCCGCGAAAGAGCCACUAGGCAUAGAGUGCGAGGGCCGAAAUGUUAUGAUCGAUCUAGCUGAGAAAGAGGUUCGCGACGAGUCUGAAGCAUAUCAUCGCCUGUUUUACGGGGACGCAAACCGCCACUUCGCACCUGGAACGGAAACGAGCCGGGGCCACUGCGUCUUCCUUAUCAAUCUGGAGUUAUGUCGAAUCACGGCAAGAAGCUAAUAACUCGCAAUCUUUGCGAGGCUGCAGCAUUGAUGUAAAACACGAGUACGAAAUACGUAGAAGGAUUUCCUUACUGCGCGCACUAACGACCGAAAAGAGUUUUUAUAGAAGGCUUUUACCACUUUAAUUUUUGUGUUUGUCUAAACAUUGACCGAGAAAACGCGCGGAUAGAUGAAGAUACGCGCCGCCCGGAGCGGCUCACACUGUCAUUCGUCGAUAUUGCAGCUGGGGAGGAGGACGAAUCUGCCAUCACUUCCUCAGCAAGUGGGGAGGAACAAGCGGUAAGCCCGACUACAGGACAAGCUAUUGGGGCAAUCCGAGAGAAUUGGGUGGAGCUACGCCGUAUGCUUGAAACGAUGAGCAAAGGCGAAGCUGCAAAGUAACACUAUACCGAGCCUAAGACGAAAAUAGCAAAAUUAUUCAGGUUUCAAUUUUUAGAAAAUUCAUGUCUUUCUGCAUCAUUCAGUUUUUUUACUUCUCUGGUGUGAUCUACACUUCUCUACAUAGUACCUCCUCCCACGAAUCGCUGGAGACCCAUUUAUAUGCUCUCAUGCAGAACGAACGACCCGCUGUGUCUUGUUUUGCAGUCACUAUUUGAAGACACCUCAAUGCACACUGGCUGCAGCAUGUGCAUUCUCCGCGAAAACACUCACGUACUAAGAAAUAUUUCAUUCCUAUUUCUGAAUAGAAAUAGUUGAAAAUAGGACAAGUUUCAUCGAUCUGAGUAUGAUUGAUGGAAACAGAGUGGCAAGUUUUCCUGUUAUUCUGUGCGUCUAGGUAACAAAAUGGCUGGAAUUUGCCGCGACAUUGCGGAAAGCGAUGCGGAUGCUAGCACGGAAACAGCGCCGCGUCCGGAGGACGGUAAACAAUGUCAAGAAGAAGGAAAGUGCGGAGUUCGAGGGUGCUGAGAUGGUAGACGCCGACACCGCUAUUGCCGGAAGCGCAACAUCGGAGUCGCUGCCUCUCCUUCAGCCGACCGUAAGUCUGCUCUCUUCGGGGAGCGGAUCUACCUCUACGAGCUCUGGACCGCGAACCGCGUUGAACUUCAACUAUUUGGGCGUGGCAGCCGGAAGUGCCAGAGAAGCUGGAGACGCAACGACAACUACUAGCGCAAAGAGCUCCGGUUCAGGCUUCGCAGGCGCUUUUGUCGGUAGUAACUCAGGAGGAAUCUUGAGUCAGCCAACAUUAUGGGCUCCGCCUUUUUUCCUUACUAGUAAUAGAUAAGACUAGGCAUCUCGUCAACGUGUGCAAAAAUUUGCUCAACAAAUUUGUCAAGAAGACAGUGGGGACACAAAGACAAAGGGACUAUCUCCAGUCUCGAACGUCAAAUGUGAAGCUAGGCCGCACGUCCUCACCCUCUAAUAGCUCUAGUUUCCGUAUCGUCUGCCUCCGCGCUUCCGACCGCAAGUGCUGCACGAUCAAUGAAUAUAAAUGCGAAAAGUCGAGGUGGUGGUAAUGCGGCGAUUGGAAGUAGUGGAGCGCCGUUCGGUGUGAAGACGAUCAGUCUCUCUGCGUCUAGCUCCAGUAUCCUCGAUGGAGCAAACAACAGCGGCAAGGAGCUGAAUCCACGGUUGCACGCAGCGACACGCGGUUUGAAGCUCCUCAACCCUCGCGGGACAAUUCCAGCAGGCGCGGGCGCGCUCGGUUCAAAAGGAAACAAAAUCGGACCCAGGUAUGUCACCGGUAGUACCAGUACACUGGUGAAAGUAGGCUCUGCGUACCCCACUACAGCGUUGCGCGCCGGGACACAAAAAUCUGUCGGAGGCGUCAUGAAGUCGCUUUCUUCCUCGGCGGGAACUAGUAACACUGCUGGACUACAACAACACGCGCAACAAGUAUUUAAUGGUAGCCGCAAAAACAGUCGGGAGCUAGUCAUCCACCCAUCCGCGACCGGAGAAAAUUUGCAACGUGGUCUCGGAAGAGUAUCCCCCGUGUCGAGUACCACUUCAGCGAAACACGAUGCGGCGGAGGGAUCCGCAGCGGAAAAGAGAGCAGACAGUCUCUCGAUUGAGGAGUUAGCAGGAGCUCCCGAGGAGAAUAUUCCUACAUGCGAGCGCACCUAUUCCGAAAUCACGCAAAUUCCAUUGUACAUGGCAGACGAACAGAAGGCGGCGGACGUUGCCGCUAGUGGACUCUCGCCCCGUGCUGUGACGGGAGAAGCAACUCCGAGUGAGGCACCUGCUAAGGAAGGGGCCAUAAAUUCCACAGCGACUGCGGUCACUGAGAUUCCAGGUUACGCAUUGAAGUCGCCUCGCAGCGUUGCACAAACAGAUGGUAUGAAUUAUGCUCCUUCUGCGUCCGUCGCUUCGACCGCCACCGCUCCUCCGGAUUCAAGGGGUCGAGUCAGUCAAACCAUCGUGCGAAACGCUGCGGUUGUUUCAGGCGGGGGGGGGCCAAGCAGGACAGUCGGCGUCCCAUUCGUAAUACGGCCGCCAAAAAAUGCAGGAGCAAGUGCAGACGAGGAGCGCGGUGACCAAGCAUCACCAUCCAGCAAGAAGAUUCCGCGAGGCCGUGCCAGUAUUUCCUCUACUCGCGUAAUGGGAUCCUUCACGCCUCUACCAAAUCACCGAACAGCGGUACUCCUAAAUCGUAAUUAAGUAGCUGCUCCUUUGAUGUUUGUUAUUCCGGGUUUCUUUAGUUAGAUACAGAGUGAAAACCCUGAAAAGCACGUCACUUUUUUCUAACGUCCUCGUAGCACUACCUGUACUUCCUCGACAUUAGAGUAAGUACAAUUUAAACGAAAUUUUAUAGAUGAAGAUCUAGAUGUGGGAAGUUCGGGAAGACGAGAAAAUCAAAAACUAUGCUAAAAAAAUGAUUCACAGAAUGCCCAAGCUUCAUUUUCCGUUCAUCCUGGAACUCGACGCAUGCUCCAUGAGCAGCCAGGCUUCUGGACUCCAAUGAUCAGACCUCGGACCGGGAUAGAAAAUCCACAGCCAGCACUCACUCCGGUAAUGUAGUCAAUGUCAAAAAGAUGAAAGUAGGCGUCAUCAUUAAGAUUGUUUCUUGAUGCAUGGCACCACAGAUACUUGUUGUAUACCAUCACGGGCGAGUAGAUCGAGAGGUGGAGUUAGAUGACUAGCUAAACAUGUUCAAACUGUGAGAGAUCAUGAUCGACGUGUCUUCUACAACAACUUCCAUUUCGAUUUGUUCAUUUCAUAUUCAACAGAUCGAGGACCUCGGGCUCGGCGGAAACGGACCGGUUGCUGCAGCACUCCAGCGCUCACGGUCUACGCGACCGCGCGGCGGCGUUCAGAGCGUCAUGGCGCCGCCGCCUUUUAUGGCUUUUAGACGGGGCGCGUCGGUCCAGCCGCGGCGCGCAAUGAACGCGGGAUUGCAGACGGUUCCGGUGCGGGCUCCAGCUUUCUUCAGCCUAAGUAACAAGGUUAGCAUCCCCGUGAGCAGAACAGCCGCCGAGGCCACUUCGUCGGGAGCUACCGGAGAUGCCGGCAGCACCCAACAGUCGGAGCAUGUAACAAAUAUAAGUGGUUCUGCUGAUGGGGCCCCGACAACCGCGGAGUCACAGGCUGCGACAUCAGGCACGAAAAAUUCGGGAUCGACGCCCACCGGACGCACACGCGCCGCAAGUGUGACCAGAGGGGCAACCGCGAUUCUUCCCAUUUCGCCGACCCCAGCUGCUGCAGUCACCGGCCAGUCAGUGUCUCGUCGAACAGGCGCUGGGGGAACGAUAACAACACGCUCAGGCUUCACGGGGCCAACUUCGACGACCUAUUCGCGACUUCCUGUGUGCAGCACAGCCUCUGUCUCAGUGCCACCCUUGACUCGUAUGAGCCUCGGAAAUGCAGCACCGGCACCGCCAGUUCAUAUGUUUGCCUUCGGAGCUCCGAAGCGGACGCUUGGGACGGGUGCGACAGCAGCUGGUGCAAUGCCUGCUAAUCGGGUUGUCCCUCCACAAACAGCUACCGGCACAUCAACCAGUAAUGGUCUCAUGACACAGCCGAGUGCGACAGCGUCGGCACGCGGUGGAGCCGCGCUAGCUGCUUCAUCAACGCAGCGGCAGCAGGCUGUUUCCCCCAUCGAGCAGCUGUCAGCGAAUCUUCUUACAAAUCGACACUUGACGCCAUCCCAGAAGGCAGCCCAGUCGAUGACAUCAUCCACAGCUAGUUCAUCAGCACGCUGGCAUGCAACUAGCACGACAGGAGCAGGAGGAGCUUCGAAUGUGUCCGCACAUGUACAGACGGCUGUGUCGCCGCUGAACGAUCAAGCCUCCUUGAGUGGCUCCUCCAGCACCUUACUCGGCGGAGCGCGAACCACCCUUAGUCCAGCUCUGGUCCGCGCGCUUACACCCUCCACCCGCGGCGCGGCCGGCCAAGCGCGUGUGGGCGUCGUGUCCGGCAUUGUGUCACAUCAGCAGCAAGCCCCCCCGCAACUUGUUGCCAGCAGAGUGGGAAUCACGCCCUCUCCGGUUGCCGAAGAGAGCGAGAGCCUCUUAUCACCUGCACAGAUAAAGUCAAGCUAUAAGAUGCCGAAUACCACUAGCACCGGGCCAGGCAUCACUUCGGUCUCAAACAACAGGACUUACAGCACAAGAAUGAAGCUUGCCGCAGCAACCUCGGGGACGGCAACGGUGACCGGCCUGGUUGCAGGCCCACGGGCUCAGCUCGUCGCAGGAGGUACGUUGCCACGACCAGUGCCUGCUCCGUUCACGAACUUCAAGCCAGCAUCUCGAAUUGGUGCACAUUUCGGGAGUAGAAAUCAUUAG